CUAGCAGCACACUUGGCAUCAGCUGUUAAGUCAACUUGAAGGCGACCUUGUUCACGGUGCCUGUAUUUUGCUCAGAGCUGGCACACGAAGGCGCAAAGACGGUUCUGACAUUAGAUAACUAGAUGUGUUUUUGUUUUGCUGCACCUUAAAAAGAGCCUGGUUCAUAGAGACAUCUCACUGAGAAGCGGCUACAAACUGGAGAAUGUAGCUAGGACAAGAGAGGGAUGUGAGAGCACAGUGAGAGAGGUGGUCGUCCCAAAGUUGUGUUUGCUGGCUUGGACACACUGAGUGUAUGUGUGUGUGUGUGAGGGUGGAUGUUUGUAUGGAUGCCCUUCACUGCAUGCAGAUUUAGGACCCUGGCCUGAUGGAAAAGAGAGACAGGAAGCCGGGAUAUUUUGCCAGGCUGAAGAGGCGGAGACAGCUCAAGCAGAGCCAGUCAGAAAAGAGUGUGAGUGAGCAGAGCCCGGCGAUCAUCUCCUGUCCAGACGUCCCAAAUGACAGUGACCCCAACAAAAAGACAGACCUACAGAGAGUAACCGCAAAGCCACCCGCAGGCUCAGAUGAUGUCAGUAAAAGUAACAAUCAGGCAAAGAGGGAGAAGAGGAGGCCACCAGGGACAGUGGAGGUCAUUGUGGGACCUAAUGAUUCCCUCAACAGCAUCGCACUCAAGUUCAACAUCACCCCAAACAAGCUGGUCCAACUGAAUAAGCUCUUUGCUCGCAGCGUCUAUCCUGGUCAGAAGCUGUUUGUCCCCGAUGUGAGCCAGUUCGAAGAAAGUCUGAAAUCUCCGGGUUCCUCUGGUCCCUCCUACUCAAAUGGCAUGUCAGAGUGUGCAUCACAUGAUGGCAUGUCAAACUGCAUGUCGGCAAAGUCCAUCCGGCGAGAGCUCUCCCCAAACUCGGAGGACGAGAGCCCGGCAACGGUUAAAUUCAUCAAGAUGAGCUGCAAAUACUUCACUGACGGCAUGGGAGUGGUGGGAGGCGUGCUGAUUGUGACACCCAACAACAUCAUGUUUGACCCGCACAAGUCCGACCCCCUGGUGAUUGAGCACGGCUGCGAGGAGUACGGCUUGAUCUGCCCCAUGGAGGAGGUCGUGUCUGUGGCGCUGUAUGAUGACGUGUCGCGCAUGAAGCUCAAAGAUGCUCUGCCGUCAGACCUACCCCAGGAUUUGUGUCCUGUGUACAGGCCCGGUGAGUGGGAGCAACUGCCGUCAGAGCGGGAUCUGAACCCCUUCAGCCGCUAUGAAGCUCUUGAGCCGAAGCGACCAAUCGUCUUGGACGACAUCGAAUCAACCCUCUCAGAAACUGAGGGUGAGCAGACAGCAAAGUCUCCGUCAGACGAAGGAUUCACAGAGUUGGAGCCAACUGUCAACGGGGCCACUGAAGAGGCGGAGGGGAUGUCCGGCAAAACACAGAGCCUUGCCAGCAGGGACCAACAGAAACUAGGACCAAGCUGGGGACUCUUUCAGGACAAGUCGGUGCUUGGUCAAACUAAAGGGAAGCUGGAAGAUGAGGAGGAUGAGGGCGUAGCCCAGAACAGCUCCAUCGAGGAUGGAGAGUCGAUACAAUCCUCUUCAGAGACUGAAAAACAGGGUGACUUGCGCGAUAAACCUAAAAGCCAAGAGGUAACUGAGACCAAAGACGUAAAACCUAAAGGGGCUGAAGAGCUGCUAAAUGGUGCACAUGAUAAAAUAAACAGCGCACCAGUGGACCAAAACAGGAAGUUGAGUCUGAAGGAGGCUUCGGAGGUUUGUGGGAACUCUAGUCCAAAGGGACAGAGCCCAGACAGACCAGAAGGUGGGGCUGAACUCAGUGAGGAGGAGAGACGGAAGAAAAACUAUGAGGCAGAAGUGAAGUCAUGGCUACUGGAGAGGAUGCAGGCUCCAAUAGAGGACAUGCUGUUCUCUUCAGAGGAGAAGAGUAAAAACCCACCUAUGUUCCUGUGCUUCAAAGUGGGAAAGCCGAUGAGGAAGUCAUUUGCCUCUGGGAUGACCUCUAGUCCCGCCCACUCAUUUGGGGGGCGGGGUAAACAGCCAGAGUACUGGUUUGCUGUGCCGCAAGAAAGGGUGGACCAUCUUUAUGCAUUUUUCGUCCAGUGGUCUCCGGAUGUGUACGGGAAGGAGGCUCGAGAGCAGGGCUUUGUUGUGGUGGAAAAAGAUGAGCUGGACAUGAUAGACAACUUCUUCAGUGACCCUGCAUCUUGCAGCUGGGAGAUCAUCACCAUUGACGAGGCUAAGCGUAGGCAGAGCUUCGGCAGCUGCGACGGAGACCUGGCUGUGGAAGCACUGCCCGUGCUCAGUGACACCAGUGACCUACUGCAAGACACACACAUUGAGAAGCUUGCCUGUCGCUUGCCAGCCCGUGUGCAGGGUUACCCCUGGAGACUGGCCUACAGCACUGUGAAACAUGGGACCAGCCUGAAGACUCUGUACAGGAGCCUGGCAGACUUGGACCGUCCUGUUCUGCUGGUGGUGAAAGACAUGGAUAACCAGAUAUUUGGGGCAUUCUCGACUCAUCCCUUCAGAGUGAGUGAACACUGCUACGGCACAGGAGAGACAUUCCUCUACAGCUUCUGUCCUGAGAUCAAGGUGUACCGCUGGACGGGGGAGAAUUCUUACUUUGUGAAGGGCAAUGUUGAUUCUCUGCAGAUGGGAGGAGGAGGUGGUCAGCUGGGUCUGUGGCUGGACUCUCAGCUGUACCGGGGCACCACCACCAAAUGUGCCACCUUCAACAACCAGCCACUCUCCGCCCAGCAGGACUUCAACAUCCACAGCCUGGAGGUCUGGACCUUUGAGUAGCCUCACCUGCUCCAGCUCCGUCCACAUCCGCUCUCUGCUCCAAACCCUCAAACACCUCCCAAGUCUAUUACGCACCACUUGGAGGCAAACCUAGCUACCCCACAAUGACACUAAAUGUUCUGUGAGCGAAGUCAGAAAGCAACCUGUGCACUUGUUAAGUUGACUGAAAACAAUACGCAAGGUCUUCUGUAGCCUGUUUUGAGGUGGGGUUUGGCUCGUCUAGUUCAUCUCGUCCUUCCAAAGGCGGGAAGUGUGAGAAAAUGUUAUGGCUCUCAGUUCAUUGGCUGCCUCAGACGCCCGACAACGCCUCCAGCUUUCCCAGCAUGCAAGACUGCCUUACCACCAUAAGCUUAUGAAGAGAGAGAGAGAGAGAGAGAGAGAGAAGAGAAAGGCUGCUGAUGUUAGUGUUGAUGUUAUAAACCCCAAAAAGAGCUUAUUUUUAAGUGUGUAUGAAAGAAUAAGGUGUCCCAUAAUGCUGUAGGUGUAUUUGUGCAGAGAUAAUGGUUAAUGUAAAUUAAAUGUUUAAGAAUGUACAGGAUUAUAAACUGAAGAGGUUUGAAAUGAUGGUGUAUCCUUUUCUUUUAUUAAAUGACGCAAUGAAUUCCAAAUGUGAAGGAAGUGAAAAUUGCCAGGGAGAUUUUUGGACCCUGCGACAUUAAAUUAAUUGUUUACAAUGGAAGUAUUGCAGUUCCUCUGAAGGCCGUCUCGUUCUCUUAUUUUUUGAGUUUUAGCUGAACUGAAUUAGGAUGUUUCAUUUCCUCAUAACUACAUAUAAUGUUUUAAUCCCCUGUACUAUCCAAAACAAGUGGUAAAGCCAGUACACAUUUGCAAUGACCAAAUAUGUUCUAUUUUUAUUUCAUAUUUGUUGUGUGCUCAUAUUUUAUAAAAUAUUUUAGAUUUUUUUUAUUUUUACAUUCUGUUUUUACAAAGAUUUUUUUAAAUAGUUAAAGUAAUACUUUUAUAGAAAUGUUGUGUUAAAUAUUUCUGUUUCUGAUUGGACCCCUCAAGCACCUGAAAUGACUGUUCUCAGUAUUGAAUUCAUAUCGCAUGACGACUGAUUUUAUCGCUUUAAUUUUGAUUUGUGGUUGUUGUUCAGAGAGCCAGUGGGAGUUUUAACAUGUCACAUUGCACUACAGGACCGAUCGACAGUCACCGCUGUGUCGUGGCCCUUUCUUCAAUGUAAAAAUAUUACUGAAUGUUGUUUGAUCACCACUGCAGGAGGAACUCUUCCUGUCUGACCGCAGGCCAGCCUCCGUCUGCUUUACUUCAAAAUGGGUGGGAAAGGGAUUUUCUGUUUUUGCACUGCUAUGCCACUAAUUAACAAAAAAAAAUCAGAUCUAACGUGGAAAAAGAAAUGUUCAUUUAUAUCCUGUGUAUGUGACACAGACUUGUAGUGCAUGAAUAUGCAAUACCGCAAAUGUCUGACACCACUGUCAUGAAUCCUGCCAUACUAUUCACCCAUGUCAGUUAUCGCUUCACGUGAAAAUGAGCUUUGUUGUCUUCAGCUGUUAAGUGUUGUAACUGUGAAUGCUCCCAGAGUAUUAUUUCUUGUGAAUCCAAAAACUGCUGUGGUCUGUGAUAUCACUAAGGAUCUAUUUAUUGUGUUGUUAUGGCAACCACAUUUAAACCUAAAUAAAUAUUAAAUACAUGAUAA